AUGUCCGAAAGGGAAGAUAAUGUGUACAAAGCUAAAUUGGCCGAACAGGCCGAGCGCUACGAUGAAAUGGUUGAUGCUAUGAAAAAUGUGGCUUCCCGCAAUGUAUCAGACAAUGAACUCACAGUUGAAGAGAGGAAUCUCCUCUCAGUUGCAUACAAGAAUGUCAUAGGUGCCCGCCGAGCAUCCUGGAGAAUAAUCUCUUCCAUUGAACAGAAGGAAGAAACAAAAGGCGCAGAGGACAAGCUAAACAUGAUCCGCGCCUACCGCAGUCAGGUGGAGAAGGAGCUGCGUGACAUCUGCGCGGACAUCCUCAGCGUCCUCGACAAGCACCUAAUACCCAGCUCGCAGACCGGCGAGUCGAAGGUCUUCUAUUACAAAAUGAAGGGCGACUACCACCGGUACCUGGCCGAAUUCGCAACGGGCAAUGACCGCAAGGAGGCGGCGGAGAACUCACUGGUGGCGUACAAGGCGGCCUCCGACAUUGCCAUGACCGAGCUGCCACCCACACACCCCAUCCGUCUUGGUCUAGCGCUCAACUUCUCUGUGUUCUACUACGAGAUCCUAAACAGCCCGGACCGCGCGUGUCGGUUGGCGAAGGCCGCCUUCGACGACGCCAUCGCCGAGUUAGACACUUUGUCGGAGGAGAGCUACAAGGACUCGACGCUCAUCAUGCAGUUGCUGCGGGACAACCUCACCCUCUGGACCUCCGACAUGCAGGGCGACGGCGAGUCCGGUGAAGCGGAACAGAAGGAGCCCGCGCAGGACGUGGAGGACCAAGACGUGUCGUAA